UCCACACGCACAUUUGUCUUAUGGAUCGGAAAUGUGGUUAGAUGACACAAUCACUCGCCUUAUCAACACCAGAGGAACAACUCUCUCCCUUCAUCUCUCCCUCCUUUUCAUUCUCUGUCAUUCCACAUCCCAUCGCAUCCAGGCAGUGGGAAACAUCAGCCGCACCAUGAGCAAAAAGAAACUGAGUUUCAAAUGGUUUGAGAGUCUCUCCAACCUCUCCUUCCGCCGCUCCUCCGACAAAUCAGACGCCAAGUCUUCCCACAAGCUCCAUGGCGACCCCUUUCCCGACACACCCCCUGUGGAGGCCACAACUGCAGCGGCGGAGACGACCGUGGACGACCUGGGCUUGAUGCGGCCCCGGACCGCCAGCUAUGCCCAGUCCAGCAAUAACUACACCCACAUUGGCACACUCCCCCGCCUGCUGCGGAAGAGGAAGGAGAAGAAUACCAAGAGGGUCAAAGAGAAGGAGAGGUCCGAGUUGAAACGAUGCCAGAGUCAGAGGCCUGCAGGAGACCAUGUGACCAGCUCCCCCCUGCUCUCUGCCAUGUCUGGAGGGUCAGGGAACACGCAAGAGCAGGACCAGGCUGGACCGCAGCCGGACCAGGCCCACGCCCAGGGCCAGGCCCAGGCCCAGGCCCUCAUACAGGACCAGACCCCUCUAGUUUGCCAAGACAAAAAACCGGCGAACUGUGGAGUCGAGCCCCAGUCAGAGAAGCUGGCGCUCUCUAGUGGAGAUGCUGGGGUAUUACAUACAGAUAUGAAAGAGCCAGGACAAACGCCAUCCUCUUCAAAUACCCAGGGCUCCUUUUCCAGCAAGCCACCUCGGUACCCUGCCCUUCCCAGUCAGACACUACAUCCACGGGGGGCUCAACCGAGAGACCAGGCCCUCCCCAGGACAGGGGCUGGUGACCUGGGCACAGAGACCAGCUCCAGCCCCUUGUCUGAAGAGGCCGCCUCCGGUUGGACAACUGUAGAGCAGGAUCAGCAGAGAGUCAUCAGAGAGGACCCUGAGAGGCAGACCACAGAGGCUGUGAGCAGUCACAUGGAGCCUACAGACUGCCCAGGGGAGUACGUAGAGUUCUCAAAGGAGAAGUACCUGCUGGAGUCUCCUCCUGAGAAGCUGCGUAAGGAGCUGGAGGAGGAGCUCAAGCUCAGUCCCUCUGACAUCAGGAGCCACGGCUGGUACCAUGGACACCUCCCCCCAGAGGUGUCAGAGACAUUGGUGGUACGGAGCGGAGACUUCCUGGUCCGUGAUUCGCUCGUAAACGUGGGAGACUACGUCCUGACGUGUCGAUGGGAACACGAGACUCUGCACUUCAAGAUCACCAAGGUUCUGAUCAAGUCCAGUGAGACCAAGGUCCAGUAUCUGUUGGAGCGGGACAGCUUCGACUCCUUACCCGAGCUGGUCCGGUUCUACAUAGGCAACCGCCGGCCUGUGUCCCAGACUAGCCCUGCCCAGAUCUUCUGUCCAAUCAGCCGCACGCUUCCCCUGCGCUACCUGGAGGCCACCUUCGCACUGGCCAAUAGCAGGCAUGGGCCCGUUCACUCGCCCUCCAGUCCGAGGGGAGCGUACAUCAAAAGACGGAGCGUAACCAUGACGGACGGGCUGACCACAGAGAAGAUGAUUCCACACAGCCCUUCAACCAUCCACCACCAUAAGGAUGCAAUGAGGAAUUGUGCCAUGAGCCUGGACCAGAUUCAGGAAUACCGCUGUGCCCUGUCUCCUAUAGGAGACGCCCCCCUCUCCCCCGCUUACAGCCACAUCACCAGACACAGGAGCCAGUCAGGGGGGCGUGUCUUGGCGGUGGUUCCUCCCUCCCCCAUCCUCCGGCGCUCCAGCGACCCCCAGCUAAGCCCCUCCUCCAACAACAACCUGCCCUGCCUCUCCGACCUGCCCCCCUCCACCUCCAGCUCCGCCCACUCCACCCCCGCCCACGCUCACCCCCACCACCACGCCCACUCAUCGGAAGCCGGCGACAAGAGCGGCAGUUACUGCGACCUCCGGCCUAGCCCCGCCCCCGCGGUGGCGCCAAGCCCGCCGACCAAGAGCUACGUGGAGCGCCUCAGGGUGGAGGAGGGGCGCGGCCAGGGCCAGGCGGGGGAGGAGGGCGGGGUGGGGGGAUUCAGCACCCCCCAGAUGGAGAUGUCGUCGUGGUUUCGUCCGGGCCAGUACCAGUCGGCCAUGAUGCCUGUGGAGAACAAGCCGCUGGAGAUGGGAGUCCUGAAGAGGGUGAAGGAGCUGCUGGCUGAGGUGGAUGCCAGGACCACGGCCAAGCACAUCACCAUGGCUGACUGCACGGUGGCUAGGAUACUUGGCGUUACCAAGGAGAUGCAGAGGACUAUGGGAGUGGGGUCGGGACUGGAGCUCCUGACACUGCCACACGGACAUCAGCUGAGGCUGGACCUGCUGGAGAGGUUCUACACCAUGUCCAUCAUGACAGCAGUGGACCUGCUGGGCUGCACUGGCAGCACUGAGCAGAGAGCUGCUCUGCUCCACAAGAUCAUCCAGCUGGCGGCCGAGCUGAAGAGCAGUCUGGGGAACAUGUUUGGCUUUGCUGCUGUGAUGAGAGCCCUGGAGCUGCCUCAGAUCUCUCGUCUGGAGCAGACCUGGAUGACGUUGCGUCAGAGACACACAGAGGGCGCCAUCCUCUAUGAGAAGAAACUCAAGCCCUUCAUGAAGAACAUGAACGAUGGCAAAGAGAGCCCAGCCCUGAACAGCACCUCCUUCCCCCAUGUGGUGCCCCUGCUGGCCCUGCUGGAGAGGGGCGUGGCCAUGCAGGGCGAGUGCCUGGAGCCCUGGGAGAGUGUGGAGGCGGGCGUGGACGUGGUCAUGUGUCACCUGGAAGCGGCUCGCACCAUCGCACACCACGGGGGGAUCUACCGGUCCAACGCUGAGGCCAAGCUUCAGGGCUUCCAGGAGCGGGGGGAGGUGCUGGAGAUCUUCCAGACAGAGUUCCAGAUGCGACUCCUGUGGGGCAGCCGGGGCUCCGAGGGCAGCCAGGCCGAGCGCUACGACAAGUUCGAUAAAGUUCUCACCGCUCUCUCUCACAAGCUGGAGCCCCCCGUACGCCACAGCGAACUAUAGCACCUCACCACAACCUCCCCCCCCCCCCCCAUGUAACACAGCACUCACAGUUGGUAUGGGCCACCUUGGUGUUAUUGCUAUGGACCUGGAAGAGUCCAGAGGGAUUGCAGGAGGGGAGCAGGAGGUGGAGGAGGGGAGCAGGAGGUGGAGGAGGCAGCUAACAGGACUGAGAGAGGACUGGAAUGGACGUUGCACUGUAUAUUCCUAAACAGGCACCAAGCAAACAUUCACAGUCCCCCUACACAGAGACGUGGAAAUUCCAGUUUGGAGUGAUGUAAUUCCUGUUGGGACCAUGUUGCCACGGUGACAUUUUUGAGCCUCUUGUGUUGCCGUAGGAUUCAGGUUUUAGCCGCUGUGAAUGUGUUUGGGUCUGAGAUCUUCUAGAACAUUCUAAUGACUGUGUGUGUGUGUUAGACUGUAUGUGUGUGUGCACGUAUGUGUGGAUAUAUGCUCAUUGUGAACAGAAAGUGUUAAACAAUGCCAAGCAAUCCAAAACUCUAAACACCUUUUGAUUUGCAUAUUCAUCUGAUGGACCAUAUUUAUGAGUUGAUUUCAUCAAAUAUCUUUUUGCUGAAGACGCUUUAAAGAAAUGUUCCAGAUAAAAUGUUCAUUAACAUGAGGGUUUAUAAGUUAGCAAUAGUGUAAAUAGACACUCAGUUUUGAAGGAUCAACAUUGUUUAUUAUUCAUGAAAUGUGUUUCAUAAACAUGGGUCAAAUUCCACAAAGUACAUCGGGUGCGUUUGAUCAGGCUACACAGUAAAAUGAGUAGAAAAGGGCCAACUGUAGAUAAAACAAGCUCACCCUCUCCUUGUGUAAGACCCUAGUCUGCUGUCUUACCUCUCCUCCUUCAGCUUUCAGACAGCGCUGUGUGACCAGAGAGGCAGCUUCAUGGUUGCCAGGUUUGUAGCCAGGUGUGAGGGAGUGUGAGAGUGUGAAGGGUCAUCAGUGUCACGCUGUACCCAGGCCCCGCCCUCACGCUCAGAUCUAUGCAAUCACUUAGACCAAUUAAUGAAGGGCUGGGACCCAGAGCAGAACGCACACGUGUGCACACACACACACUCUCAAACACACACACACACACAUAUACACUCCUCUGUAAAAAAUGGGAAUACGUUAGAUGGAUCUUUCCUUCCUUCCUUCCUUCAUUGACAUGAUCAUUGAUUAAGCCUAAUUGGAUAGGACUUAGCAAGCUCAUCAAGAGAUCCAUCCUGCCAGCCAAUCUAUACUGUCAUCAAUGGAGGAGAGAGGGAAAGAUGUCAGGAGUAUUUUAACUGCAGGAGGUGGGAAGUCACACUCAUAGGUUCAGAUCCAGGAUCAGAUCGACUUCCCUGAAUCCUGGUGUUCAUUAUUAGUGUGGAACGCAGAUGAUCAAGGAGCCUGAUGGAGGAUCUCAUUGUGGGGAUUUCAUUCAUUCUUUGGUCCAGUAGGGGGCUCAGGUCUGCCAGCAGAAAACAGAAUAAUCGAUGAAUCUUGAACUAAACUGAAUCUUUGAACAAUUCCUGGAUUGUGUACUAAAGCUCUUAGGAGUGUUUGCAGUCGAAGAAGGAGCCUGCUGGUGUAGGAAGUGUCAGGAUGAACUACUGUUCUGUGAGAUAUAUUGCUUCUGGUCCCUGCUGUACAGAUGCAAUGUUCCCUCAUGUAAAUAUAUUCAUUCUGGAUUGGAAACUGAAGGGAGAAAAUGACGUCAAACCGAUUUGUGAACCCCUUGUUUUUCUAUUUACUGUAAAUACUGAUUCAUUUGUUUUCCAAAUAAAAUAAAGCCUGUGCCAAUA